AUGUCAGUUAGUGCCUUGCCCGCUCCUGCACGCUCCUGCAUGAGUGGUUUUGCUGAGAAACAGGCAGAGCUUGUUUGGGUGCUCUGGAACGAGGGGAGGGGGUUUGUGCAUAUUGCGUUGUCUAAGGUGGUGUUAUUGUGCUCUGCCAUUGAACUUUUCGUUUAAUUCAUUGUGUAUGUUAAAUCGAGGGCAGGCCAGUUUGCGACGAUUGCCAGCAAAAAGGCAAUUUGUCUUGUGAAAUUGGUGACACGCAGCAAACAGACGGUAGUACAGACGACGCCCCACCACUCCAGGAAAUGGCACUUUAAUACGUCUUAUGACAGUGACAAAGAUUGGAAAAUUUCAUAAUGUCUAAUUCGUCUAGAUUUGAGACCAACAAAAUCUGCUGCUAUGCACAUCCAGAUGCUCCUCUCAUCGAGGAUUAUCGUGCUGGCGAUCAGAUUUGCUCCGAAUGUGGCCUUGUUGUUGGUGACAGGGUGAUCGAUGUUGGAUCUGAAUGGAGAACAUUUAGUAAUGAAAAAGCAGGCAAUGAUCCUUCUCGAGUUGGUGGUCCAGAAAAUCCUUUAUUAAAUGGCUCUGAUUUGUCAACAAUGAUUGGUCCAGGCCGAGGAGAUGCUUCCUUUGAUAGUUUUGGUGUUUCAAAAUACCAGAAUCGAAGAACUAUGAGCAGUUCAGAUAGAGCCCUCAUUAAUGCAUUCCGAGAAAUCAACAGUAUGGCUGAUCGAAUUAACUUGCCAAAGACAAUAGUGGAUCGAGCCAACAACUUAUUCAAACAAGUGCAUGAUGGAAAGAACUUGAAAGGAAGGGCAAAUGAUGCAAUUGCAUCUGCAUGUCUGUAUAUUGCUUGUAGGCAAGAAGGAGUGCCUCGUACUUUUAAAGAGAUUUGUGCAGUCAGUAAAAUAAGCAAAAAAGAGAUUGGACGUUGCUUUAAGUUAAUUUUGAAGGCGUUGGAAACCAGUGUGGAUCUGAUUACUACUGGAGAUUUUAUGUCUCGUUUUUGCUCUAACCUUGGACUUCCAAAUAUGGUGCAACGUGCUGCUACUCAUAUUGCCCGCAAAGCCGUGGAACUUGAUAUUGUUCCAGGCCGCUCUCCCAUAUCUGUGGCUGCAGCUGCAAUCUACAUGGCUUCACAAGCAUCUGAAGACAAGCGAAGCCAGAAAGAAAUUGGAGAUAUUGCUGGUGUAGCUGAUGUCACCAUUCGUCAGUCUUAUAAGUUAAUGUAUCCUCAUGCUAUAAAAUUAUUUCCUGAGGAUUUCAAAUUUGCCACUCCUAUUGAUCAACUACCUCAGAUGUAGCUUGGAAUGGCAUUUAAAGGUCAUUUAGAGUUUUACUAUUUUUGUUGAUCACUCAAAUUAUAUUUGGGUUGCUCCACUUCAUUUUUGUGAAUACAUUCUUUUUCGAGAAGUUUAUUUCUGUUGCAUAGCAAUGCUAUGAAGUUGUGUGGAUGGUGUAUAGAGUUUGUUUAUAUUUUGAGAUUUGAUAAUUUUUGUGGUAAUAUUUAAAUAAUGCACUUUCUUUCUUUGAAGUUUUAAUUUAUGUAAUUUCUUAAAUUUGAAGCUUUUAUAUACAUAAGUAAUAUGCAAUGAAACAAUUGUGGUUAUCUUGUAUAAUGAAAAUACUAGGAUACAGUCAUUUUUUAAUUUUGUAAUCUGUGUCAAUAUAGUUGAUGCAUUACAGGACUCUUUGUACACUAAGCUGUCCAUGUUGAAAUUUAUUUUGGACAGACUUUUCCUAGAAUAUUAUUAUUAAAAAAUGUACAGGACCAGGUCGUAUGAUUGAUUUGGUAACACCAGGGUUAAAAGUUCCUUCCAUUCCAAUUUUUCAGACUUAUUAUAACUGAAUGAAGCAGUUGGUCCUGUCAUUAAUCCCAAUAAAAUGCUGGGUAUUUAAUAUUUCUUGUGUGUUUUUGCCUCCCUACUCUCUCUAAAUGACAACCUUCUUUCUAUGACUUCUUAAGACCCUAAUUUCAAGAACUUUGAAUAAACUUUUUUUUGAAUUUUCGAAUUUGGUGCUUAUGAUCACCAAAAUUAACUAAUUCAGAUGAAAUCUCAUUCUUCAUACAAUGCUUUGUGGCCACUCUGGUUUGUGUUGUAAAAACUUGGGUAUCAGGUGCAAGAGAGUUUGUUGAUGGCAUUGCAACCAGCAGGCAAAUUUAAAACCAUGUAUAAUUUGUUAAGGUGAAAAGCAGUUGGUAUUUCAUCAAAGUCUCUUGGUGAAUGUUUUGAAUUGUGUUUUUACAACCCAUUGAACUACAUGAUUAGAAUUCAAAGGACCUGCUGUGCCUAAAUGUUGAUUUAUUUUAAAUAAACCACAAGAGUUGAGUGGAUUAAAUGGUUG